UGGUGCUUGUUAGAUAGGUUGAAGACAAAUAUAGCAGUUCUUCAUAUCAAAAUUCACAUCCGCCGACUAUCUGGCUUUCUGUUGCCGCCGCCGUUCUCUUUUCUCCGCAAUGAACUCUCCGCCGGAGUUCAAAGGCCACCCUCCACACUCCACCGCUAUCUCUCCACCGUCCACCUCUUUAUCCUCUCUCAGCGCUCUUCUCAACCUCGCAGACUCUGCAAUUCGCUCCCUCCCAACACCUCUUCCCACCAACGCCGCCUCUUCUUCUCUCCUCCCUUGCCCUUUCAAUCCCAACCACCGUAUCCCCCCUUCCUCCCUCUUCUCCCAUUUCCUACAUUGCCCUUCCCCUAUAUCUCUCCCUCCACUCCACUACCCUCACACUCUUCACUCCUCUACAUCUGCCGCCGCCGCCACACCCAUAAACCAACUCGAUCCCUCCUCUGACCUCUGCUUGUCCCUGGAAAACUUCCUCGAUUGUACCAAUUUUUUUUACUCUAAUUGUCCUGGAGUCGUCACGCUAACUAACAAUGAAUCUUCAACGUCUGCCAUCUCACCUCCAAUGCUCACUUUGCCUGGAUUUUUAGUGAUUGAAUGCGGGAAUUUCAGUAAUAACCCCUCGAAAGAGUUGAUGGGUUUUUUGGUAAACUCAAUUAGGCUUCUGCCUUCAGAGAUAUGGGCGAUUGAGAAUGAAAUGGAAGCAUGGAGUGAUUUUCCAACCGCGUAUUCUUAUAGAAUUUUGCGUUCAAUUCUGAGAUUGCGUGAUGAUAAAUUGUUGCGACUCCGCAAAUGGAUUGUUGCAGAAUCUCCCAAGUACGGAGUGGUAAUUGAUUUUGCUAUGAGGGAUCAUCUGGUUGUGCUGGUUAGGCUGUGUUUGAAGGCGAUGUUAAGGGAGUCUUUUGGUUUAUCUGGUUCUUUAUUUCGUGAUGAAGAGGCGAAGAUGGAAGAUCAAGAGGCGGGAUUGAACAAAGGCAGUUUUGCCUGCCCGGUUUUGGUGGAAGUACUAAUGUGGUUAGCUUCAGUGUUAGGCAUAUUGUAUGGUGAAGUGAAUGGCAAGUUUUUUGCCAUCAAUAUUUUAAAGAAAUGCGUGUUAGAUUCUUCAUUGAGUGCUUCAUUUUUUCCCUUGGAGCAUAGGGAUUCUGAAUCAAGUGAUUUAGAGAAGGUGGAUGAUGAAAUGAAGGAGUCACUGGACAGUAGUGUAUCAAUUGUUUAUAGUGAGGAGAGUGAAAAAAAUGGUGAUGAACUUGCAACUGUUUGCGGUAGCACAAUUUUGGUUUCCCAAGUGGCAGCUGCAGUUGCAGCAUUGCAUGAGAGGUCAAUGUUUGAAGGAAGGAUUAGGGCUUUUCGUGCGUCAAGAACGCUGUCCACAUACCAACGGUGUAGUUCUUGUAAUGUGGAGCAUACAUAUGUGUCCCAAAAAGCUGACGAGGAAAGGAAAAAUCGCUUGGACUAUAGGCCUAUAAUUGAACAUGAUGGGCUGCUUUGGCAGCGGGGGCGCAAUCAGGAUACAAAUAAAGUAAAGACAAGGGAGGAGUUAUUAGCUGAGGAAAGAGAUUACAAACGCCGGAGAAUGUCGUAUCGUGGCAAGAAAUCGAAGCGAAAUACUAUAGAGGUAAUGAGAGAUAUAAUAGAGGAAUACAUGGAGGAAAUCAAGUUUUCAGGAGGUAUUGGUUGCAUAGGCAAGGGAAUAGAAGAGGCUGAAGCACUUCCAUCUGAAAAUUUGUCGGUACUAGACAGUUCUACUUGCAUUUCGGAUACCUCGAAGAGCUUGCCUGACACGGUUGAAGGAAGUGGAGGUCGAUCACAUAGUUAUAGAAAAGAGUUUCAUACUCGUGAUGAUUCAAAGGACUUUGAGGAUGAUAAUGAGAAUCACAGUCAUGAUCCUAAGAGGCGUUAUGGAUAUCAAGAUUUUAAUGCUGGUAGUGAGAAGGUCAAACACAAUAGAGAUGAUUAUUCCAGAAGCCUGGGUGGAAGGAAUAGUGGCAACCAUUCACGUGAGCAGAGACACAGUAGAAAGCGAGAUUAUGUAGAAGUUUCUGGAGAAGGUUCUUCACGACGUUCGGAUCGAAGCCAUAGCAAAUCUCAUGAUCGAAGUAGUCAUAAAAGAGAGAGAGAUGAAGAUAAUUGGGAGCAUAGAGACCGACAGAGAAGCAAAACAGACAAGGAUCGCAGAUCUGAUUAUAAAUCACGAAAUGAGUUUGUGGACAGAUAUGAUCCUGCUUAUUCUCAUGAUACUUAUGAGGACAAUGUCUGAUUCUUUGCUGUUGUUUUGAUCAAUAGGAUUUGAUAGAUUCGAGCAGAUGAUGACAAUUUCAUUUAUGGUAUGGUGUAACAGGGGUUUCAUUACACAGUAUAAAUUUCUGAAUCUUUCUCUAUCUACGAGAGAAGUCAAUCGGCUCUUUACAGUUUGUCUACACCUGUAUCCUUCUCUGUAUCCUCGGGAAAUUUUUCUAUAUAUUGAUCAUGCUUUAAUUUUGAAUGAUGUAUAUGCUCUUCUUUUCUAAGUUUAAAUACUAUACACAGUUUUCUAUGUUAACUAACAUUUUCGAAUGUUAACGCUUGUUUAACUAGCACUCUUAAACCUGAAAGCAGCACCAGAAUAGGAAUAUUUUUUUUUUCAACAAUCAGAAUUUAGAUAUUUAGACUCAAUUGUCUUUGCUUUUGACAUCACACCAGUAUUUUUAUAUUCAUUUGCUUUUGACACAAACUAUUUAUAAUUGGUUAUGUCCCUGUUUUGGUUAAUUAUGUCAAUUCAUUUUCAGUGAUUUAGAAGUGUUUAAUACUCGUCCGACCUUUUUGCAGAAAAUUUAGAAGUAGUCGAGUUGAUGAAAUGGACAAUGUAAAUGGUGUUUUGACCAUAUAAUGUGCGAAAAAAUCCAUAUUAUUUACUAAGUGGUUGUUUGAUAAAACAUUGCAAAAAUAGGUGAUCAAACUUCAAUUUUUUGACCAUGUAUUUCAUGGACCAACAACUUUUAUUAACUCUUAAUUUUUCAACCAUACAUUUUAUCAAUUUUUAUCAAAAUCUGCUCAAACUUUUAUCAAAAGCUUUGUCAAACAACCCCUAAUAUUUGUAAUGAUGAUUGAUGGUACAGUGCGACCUGUUUUGAUUUGUGAUUUUUUAUGAUCUGGUGUAUAAACAUUCUUCAUUAUAAUUUAAUAUGUAGUUUUCUUGUAGACUAGAAAUUAUGGAUAAACGAUGAUAUUCCAUUUAAAUAUGUUUGAUGAAUGAUAUUUUACAGUUCCUCAUGUAAAAAUGUCUAUUUUUUAUUUUUAUUUAUCUUUCUUUUAAUGAGUGUCUUGUAAGAUAUCCUUGAAUAAAUUUCCGGCCUUGGUUCUUCCUUAGAAACCAAUUGAGAAGAGAAUCCAGUCUUCUUGGACCUUAAUGCCUCAACUGGUUGCAAAAACACGAGGAUAUAGAGUUGAACCUUGAUACUAUCUUAUAGUAGUAAAAAAAUAUGUAUUUUAUUAUGCACUUGUGCAAUUUUAGCUCAUACAUGGUAUGUGAGGUGGUGUACUUCAAACUGCAAUUCUCGACCAUGUUCACUGCUAAAUGCUAAUGUUAUAACUUUUUUGGUCCAGCCUAAAAUUUGAUUGUAGGGAUCAUUUGUAGAAACAAUUAAUUUGAGCAUAAAUUGAAAAGUCUGUUUUAUGGGAUUA